GUUGGGUGAUUUUAAAGUUAGAAUGGUGCAGUUUCUGUUUCUGUUUCUCAGUGUUCGACUUCGAACUUCAACUUCGAAGCAUAGUAUAAGUAAAGAUAUAUACACAUUAUACACAGAGAUAAGUUAAAUCUCUAAAGGGAUGGUCUUUGCUCUGCAAUUACGCCAAGACCAAGUGAGUCUUCUCUGGGCUAUAGCGAAUAUUUAAUUUGUUGUUUAUAUGUGUGUGCGAGUUGGUUUUGUUCUCGUGGAGCAAACAUCGAUUUUUUGCGAGCAGUGCAAACCAUCUGACUGAAAAAUUGAGCUUUUUCCUUCGUGUAUUUUUUGUCUUCUUUUAAAAUUCGAAACUGAGAACGUUUAGCUAGCUACCUAUUCUAUCUAUGUGCGCUCUUUGAAAGAAAGUGACUCUGACUAUAGUACUGGUCUUUUAUUUUGUUGUUUAUUUUUUACUUGAUCGGUGUCGGUAUCAUAUGCGUUGUGCUUUCCGCAAAAAAUAUUGCAAAACGUUAAUAUAAUUCUUGACUUUUAGCAUUCUUGUUUAUAAUAUAAUGGCAGUUAAGUGGCACUCGGUGCGAAUAAUCCAUUCGAAAUGAACUUUUAUUCCGAGUCACGUUAUUACCGGUCGGCAUCGGUCUAGGCGCAGUCGAGUGUCUAUCCUCUAUCUAUCUGUACGCCACCCAGAAUAAAGUUUAAUUACAGCUUAGCCUGUUUAAAUUGUAAUUUAAAACAAAUAGUUUGUUUUUUUAAUAGAUGCUUCAUGGCGCUUCAACAAGUAGUAGGGCAAGGCCCCCUUUAAGUCCCUUGGCACUGGCUACUCUUGAUAAACAUUUACCAAAUUUGUCGUCCAACAAACGUCUCCAAAACAAAUACAAAGAAAUAAAAUACAUAACCGAAAAAUCGGCGUCAUCGUCUUUCAUAGACGUGGGAUGCAUAACUGACAUAUGCAACAGUGACAAUCUUCCUGAAGUCGAAAUAUUUUCCCUGUUGGAAGAAAAAAUUCCUAAAUAUAAAGUACGAACCGAUGUGCUAACUGAUUUUGCAGGAUAUUCAAACGAAGACUGGUUUGUACCCGCACCCGCACUUAAAAUCCCCGUCGAGGGAUUGGGCCUUACAAAGGAUCAAACUCGCGAAACAUUGAAUUACUUUCUUCUAUGUGGAAAACGAGUUAGCCAAAUGACCCGAUCGUACGAUGAUAUCGAAGCCGUAACACGUCUGCUCGAAGAGAAAGAAAAGGAUUUGGAGCUGACCGUUCAAAUAGGCAAAGAGCUCCUAACACAAAAUAAUCUCUUAGAAAGUCGAGUUGCAGAGCUGGAAAACGAAUUAAAACAAACCUCCGAACACCGAGCACAGUUAUUACAUGAGCUGCAGAAGAAAAACGAAUUGAUUGCAAUUCUAACAGAUGACGAAACUGGGAAUGACCCUGGAGCAAAUAGUUCGCAAGCGUAUGUCUCGCUUGAUAUGCUUCAGGAUAAGAUUGCCACGCUGCAGGAACAAAAUACUUCGCUAAAACUCGAAGUGAGUCAACUUGCCGACGAAACAGACCAAGUAGAGGCCCGUGAACGCAAGUUAAUGGAAGACAUAACGAUGGAGCUAAAUGCGACGCACAGCCAGUUCGAGAACCUCAGUCUGGAGGUGGAGAAAUAUCGAGAAGAAAAUCGCCUGCAGCGUGAACAAAUCGCAAAUAUGACAGCUAGAUUGGCAGAAGCUGAAGUUCACAUGCACCGCCUAGCUCACGACAACAGCGAGCAAGGUUCGUUGCUUGAAAUAACCAAAGAAAACCAAAAUCUUUUGGCACUGGAGCUAUUGGAAUUCAAAAAACGCUACCAGGAAGUGAUAACGCUGCUUGAAGAAGCGCAACAACAGCUACGAAAACACCAGAAAAAGCUGCAUUCUCAUGGGCGAAGCUCAUUUUUGGCAGGACUGCCCGGCAUGGGCGGGCCGCACCCGGACUCACUGCAGUCAGAACUGAUGGACUCGUCACUUUACUCAGAGAACAGUAUCGAUUCAGGCAUUGUCCGUGAUCAUCGUAGUGGUAGCCUUAUUCCUAAAAGUGGAGGCGGUAUUGGUGCUAUGUCACCUUACGAGAAAGUUUUUGAAACUGUGCGCUGCGCUUCAAAGAGCGGCAACUAUUCAGACCCUGCCAGCGGUAUGUCACAACUGGGAGGUGGUGCCAUGUCAGUCAGUUCCACGUCAGGACCACGAAUUUCUGCAAUGCCAUUUAUAGGAUCCUCAAUAAACUACACAAAUCCAGCUGGUGGGUACUCCGGCUAUCAUUCAAACUUCGACAGUGCAGCAUCUAUGGCGGGAAGUAUUUCAUCCGACCAGUCAGGCGACGAUACAUAUCCAGCGUUGCCGCCAGGUGUGCCAGGAGCCCCAGGUGCCAAAGAUCUUGAAGCGGCACUUAAGCGACUUACUCCAGCCGAGGUAUUGGCGCGUCGCGCAAUGCUAUCCCAUGCCCCACCUGGAACUUACAACUAUGACGAAAAUCCAUCAGCACGUAUGCCAUUGGGUAUUCGAACACCAGACAGCAUUAUGUCGACUGGAUCUUCAUCGAAUUUGUCAUUCUCAAAUAGACAAUGGCGUCUUCCGGAUAAGUUGCAAAUCGUCAAACCUAUCGAAGGUUCCCAAACGCUGCAUCAUUGGUCGAGACUAGCAACGCCAAACUUUAGUGGCUUGUUAGAGGAACGCCCUGGAGUGACAAUAAGAGGUGGACGCAAUCUGGAAGAGCUUGGUGUAAUUUAUUCACUAUCAGACGUUGAGGAAGACAUCGACGAUUUGCCGGGCAAACAAUUUGAAACCCCCGGUGGCAGCAUUUACACUUACACAAACAGCAUGGUCAUGCAUCCAGACGAUGGAGUACUUAACGAUUUAUCCUUCUUGUCCCAGUCUCAAAUAUCAUCACGAAUGGCUUCAGCGUCAACUUCCAGACAGCCAAGUUGCCCACCCACACCAGAACGGGGUCGGUCACGAAGGAAUUCAUGUUCAACAUUCUCUCUAAAUAUGAGCCUCGCCUCAGUACUAAACGAACGUGGAAUUCGAGCAGUCACCCCCAGUGCUCUAAGUACACCAGCUGGUCCAAACUUUUCGCCAACAGUGACACCCUGCAACAGUCCGGUAGGAUCGCCCGAAAGGUCAAUUUCACCCGAAGAACGUCGUUUUGGACUCUUUUCCAGUGGUGCCGAUAUGAUAAAGCGGCAAUUUAAAGGUGAUUUGCUUCGUGCCAGCCAAACGCAACAACAGCAACAGAGAAUAAUGCUGUCAAGGUUAGAAAAACGAGCCUUGCGGUCACUCAAAUUAAUCGAAAAACUCGAGAGCAUAGGUCUGGAGAAUAUAAUAGCGACUCAACCUAGUGAAAUUCAUCAUAUCGGUAGGGGUAUCGCUAGUCGAAGCUCAGGCAGUCCAAUGGCCCAACUAACAAGCCUCAGGCAUUAUCCAUCCUCAAGUGCUAGUAGCAGUACUGCUGAAAGCUUAUGCAGUGAUUCAAGUUUCGAUGAUAUAAGUAUGACAGAUAUGCACAAAAGGGGAACCUUCAAUCCUAUUAGAAAUAAGUCGAGCAAGAUUGGUGCAACAUCAGUUGAGACCGACAAAACCAACUCUGAAAAAGAUACAAGUCUGGCAAUGAAGACAUCUGCAGCAGCAGCAGCAACAGCAGCAUCAACUAAAGUUGCCCACACAUCACCACCUACAGACAGUCGAGUGAAGCAGAUGCAACGUCAGAAGUCCCGACGAAACCUCAAAAACGGUACAGCCCAACAACGAUCCGAUUUGGGAACCAUCGCGGGCAGUGGAUCACGAGCUGUUCGUCCAGAUCUCGGCUUGGUCGAACAACAACAACAGAAAGCCGAGCAGAAAAAGGCAAAUUCUGAGAACCAGACAGCUGCACAAUCGUUUGUUGGUUCCAUAAGCUCAUUGCUGUUUGGUCGCAAGGGCGGCUGGCUAUAGUUAAUUUGCACUUACCUAUAUUUAAUUUUAAGUUCGAUCAUAUCGUGUACAUAUAACACACUUUAUAUAUUUUUUAUGUUCUAAAAUUUCCGUAAAAAAAAAAGAAACAAAAACUGACAACAAUAACAACAAACAAAAUAAAUUCAUAGACACACCACGUACAUAUAGUUUGCGUCUCCGGCAGUAUCUGUCCUGCGAGUGAGUGAGAAAAUGACUCACAGAGAUCUCUAAUUUAAAUUAAGAUAAUUCAGUCCGUGACCUAAAGUGCCUAAAUUUAGUCCUAUAAGUAAUAUUUCUGUUUACACACACCGUGACCGACCGAUUACAGCCAAGCAAAAGCAAUAAUGUCUCUCCUUUCUCUUCGAAUGGUGCUUAGUUUUGUGUUCCUCAUUUUAUUUUUCUAUUUCUAUUCUAUACCAAAAAACCAACGAUACUAUGCCAAGUAUUAUUAGAAAGAAGAAAUGUUUUAAAUUCAUUCAUAUUGCCGCGAUGACCUCAAAAUGUAUGGUGCAUUGUCCGUCUGUACCUUAGGAUGUACGACGACAAUUUAAAAAAAAAAGGAAAAUUCAAUUAAUAUAUUUUAUACAUAAUAUGUAUGUUCGAUGGCGUUUUUAGGUCUAUAUCGUAUAUGUAUGUAAUAUGUGUAUAAAUCGCGGACUAAAUUAUCAUUAAAUAAAUUAAACUAGGCCAUUAGAAGUUGCUCUUCUUGAAGCUCACAGCAUAAUAUUUUUAAAUAGUAUUUUUUUAUUAUAAUUCUUAAGCCAAUUAUUACAGAUAUUGCCAGAGUGCUUACGAAUGAAAAAGAAACAAAUAAAAUCACGGUGACACUAUGUUUAUUUCUUAAAUACAUGCCUACAUAUAUUUUUAUGAUUUGUGUUUACUUAUAAAAAAUAUUACCAAAAGAAAACGAGAAUUUCUGUUUAUUUUUUUGACAAUGUGACCUUAAGAGAAAAAUCAAAAUUUGUUUUUGUUAUAAAUACUCGUAACUUUGCUUGUGAAACAAAAAAGUAUACUUACUUUAAUUAACAUUUUAACUGACAAAUGAAUUUUUGAAUUGAAAAUUUCUUAAUUUUUUUAAACACAUCUUUCCCAUCCUUGUUCUGUACCCGUGAAACUACCGAAAAUACUAUGUUUUAAUUUUUCAUCAAGUCUAGUCUUAUAAUUAGUUUUAGGACAAUUUGAAUAUGCAUAUAUAUUAUUUUUUUGUAUUUAUUUUUCUUAACUAUUAACUACUUAAUAGAUAACGAAGUGUUAAAAAAAAUCUUUACUUUUUAACUUCUUGCUAAAUGUUAAAAAAUGAUCAUCGAAUGACACUUUCAAUCAUCAUCAAUCAUUUUUGUUUAUAAGGGUACAUAAUUUAAAAUAUAAUGUUAUACGAUCAACCUAAAAGUGUUUUGUGGUGGUGUGGUGCUAUAAAGCUAUUAAGAAACUAAGCGAGGCAUGUGAUAUUUUAAUUUGAAUUUAAAUUGUAAUUUUAAAAGCACACUCAAACAAAGUCAAUAAAAUAUAAAUAUUGUUUGUUUGAAUAAUGUUAAGACUUUAAAAAUGUGCUUUUGCAAUUAUCAAAGGAAAAAGUUAUUUUUAUAUUUUUGUUGGCUUUGAAAUAAUCAGUAUUUUUUUUUUGUAAUAAAUUCAUCCAUAAACUACAUUUAUAUAAAAAUAUUCUUUUAAAAAUUUGAUUGGAUUUUAAUUUAUUGCUUUUGAAACUCAUAACCAUGUGGCCUUGUAUAUAUAUCAAAUCUAGAACACACUUUGAGGACACAUAACAUACCUUAAAAAACUAUUAGUUUUAUUUUAGUUUAAUUUUUAAUUGUCUUUUCUGGAUUUGAAAGAAAAUCUAAGGAAUUUAGAUCGAUGAAUUUUAAUAUAGGCGAUGGUUAGUUAGGAAGGGUGCGUUCAUUUUUGAAAUUGAAAAUGGAAACGAAACUCGAAUAAUGUAGUAAUCGUACAGCUGUUUAAGGGACAAAAAAGAAGUCGAGAUUUUUUAAAUUCUGUACAUAGUUAUUUGGUUUCUGGUUAAGCCUAGACAAGUUGAAGAUAUUUAACGGAUACAAAAUUUGAUGGUGCUAUUUAAUGGGAAUAUCUUUAUUCUUUUAAAAUGGAUCUUGAUUUUUCUUGGGCCUUGAAAUACUAAUACCAUCUUAAAAUGCUGUUUUUGGGUGUGUGGCCAUGUUUAUUGUUGAUCAUUACCAUAACUUGCAAAAUGUUGAUGGUGUUUUUUCCUUAAAGCUUUUCGUUUUUUGCACUUACUUAAAAAAAUGAUUUUUGAAAUAAAAACUUAAAAAUUAAAGAAUUCGUCUUGAAAGACAAAUUUGGAAUUAAAUGUUCGCCGAUUUUAAAUCCGUGUAAACCUGGAGGGUCAUUCCGUAAAACGAUAAUCGUUAGACGAUAUCGUUUAGACGAUAGUCUCACUUCACCUAAGACGAUAAUCGUCAAAGUGAUAUCGUCAAAACGAUAGCAUUUGCACGAUAGCUAAGUAGGUAUCGUCUGCUAUUAAUUUCCAUUGAUAACUAAGCAAAUUGAAGUAAAAAAGUUUCGGUGUAGUUUAGUUUUUUGUUAGCAUUUUUUUUAUAUACUUAAACUUUGGGGCGGAGGAAAAUUAGUAUAUUCGAAGGGCAACAAUUUUAGUAUCGCUCUUGCACAAAGCACUAAUCCAAAGAAGUUUUGGAAACAACAAAUAUUUUUGAAGCCAAGUUAUGUUCUCUGUGGAUAAAAUGGAGUCUUCACUUUCUUCCCUUGCACCCCAAUUUUGUGCAUUUUACUGCAGCUGAGCAAAAUUUUUGAUAUUAUAGUUUAUUCUUCGGUGGCAAAAAAUUAAAACACAAAAAGUGACAAUAACAAUAAACAUCACAAAAUAGUUGGCAUGUUUAUUAACAAUACAUAUUUUAUAAAUUUUCAAAUUUUUCCAUAGAGAAAAACCAAGUUUAAUAACAUUUUCAAGUUAUUGAACAAGCUUAUCUUUCGUUGAGCUCAUUUUGACAUUUUGAAUAUACUCAACGAACUUAUACUGAAAACGAUUGAACGAGACGAUAGUGAUAAAGUUACGUGAAGCAAAUUAUUGACGAUAUCGUUAAUGAUAAUCGUUUUGACGAUUAUCGUUUUGAAAAUUACGGAAUGACUACCCUGGGUUGGAUUAAAAGGGAUUUCUCGUCUCGUUUAUAGGUUUAAAUGAAUAAAUAAUAAGGAAUCGAACAUGAAAACUAAACUCCACGAAAAACAAUUAUUAUUGUAAAAGUAACAAUAAUCAACACCUUGAUGAUGCCUUUGACGAGGUUCCUAUUUUCAUUAAACUUGUCUACUCAAAAUGAUAAAGAUCCAUUUACUCGUAAAACUAGGUUAAAGCUUACAAAAGUAAACAAUUUUCCUGCGGUGCAUAGAGCUUUUUUUCAGUGCUAUCUUGUUGUUAUUGUUUUGUGAAUUUUGUAGCUUCUCUUUCCACGUGACUAAGUGUAUAUUUUUUCGAAGUUCAACAGAAGAAGAUAAGAUACAUUCGUUAUAAAAAAAUAUCCAAGUUAGUAAAUAUUACACAAGUAAUUUAACACACUAUCAGUAUAUCUUUCUAAGAGGGCUUAAAGAAAGACAGAUAGCAAUCAAUUUUUAACAAAUUUAUUGCAAAAAUAAAUAAGAUAAUAGAAUGCAAUCACGCAAACUAAGUAUAGGAGGAGCCAAACACUCAAACAGUAGCUACAUAACAUAUAACUGCUUUUAAAUGAUCAUUUAAAAAAACUACAGAUAAAACAGAGACAAUGCUCAAAAUUAUCAUGAUCUGAGGGUUUAAAUUGUAAACAAAUAAUUGACCAUUUGAGAACUCAAUCUUAUUUCAGAGAUCAUUAAAUUGCACAUAUGUCAUAUCAAGACAGAGAAUAUUUGAAAAUGUUAUUCAAUGUAAAGAUACAUUUGUUUUUGUUAAUUUAUGGGUCAAAGUACGUUUAGAUAAAAUUAUAUAAAGACAAAAUGCAUUAAUUGCUGGUUUCUAAAUUGAAAAAAGUAAGUAAUUUAAUUUUUCAAAUCCAUACAAAUUCGACGCUCACAGUUCAUCAACAAUUUUUACUUAUAACAAAUUUUUGGCAUUGGUUUUUUGUUGCAUGACUAAAAUGUUAAUGAUCAUUAAAAGUUAUUUAAAUGCUCUGCAAUUGUUUGUUCUUUUUGUUUGUGAGAAUUUGCCUGCAUUUAAAUUAAAAAAGUUUAGUCUCAGAAAGCAUUCAGCUUAAUAUCUUUUUGUCAAGAUUGUGUACCUAUACUUUGUUUAACAUCAUUCCCAACAUCAAUUUUACUCAUUCACUGCCUUGAACAUACAAUGCUUCGCUAGCAUUCCGUUUAUUAAAUUUGUUUAAAGCUGCCAAUAUUUUCUUUUUUUGUUUUGAAACUUAACCAGAUCAUGUUAUUUUCAAUUUUAACCAUUUGAACUUAUAUUAACUUUUUUAAAAGAACCCAUUACAACGAAUUUUUCGUAAUAAGAAAUUUGGAACAAAUUACAAGAAGAAAACACCAAAUUUUGUAAUGCGUCCAAGAAUUUUAUGAUUAUAAAAACGGUGCAUAUGAUUAAGAGGGACAAGUUUUACGAUAAAACGUGAAACAGAUUAAAAGAACAACACCUUUGCAGGUUUAAAGCUUAGUACAAGACUGAACCAUCUAACAGUUUUUUUUUAAGUAUCUCUUUGCCUUAUGAACUUAACUUGGAAUAAAGUGACGAAUUUAACCAACAAAGUUGCUCAAACAAAUUGAAGCUUACUCUCGACAUUUAAAGCUUAUAUUGCCGUUUUUAAAUUCACAAAUUUAAACAUUUUCAUGCAAUCUUAUUCUUUUAGUUUUACAUUCAUUAAUUUGGAAGUUCAUCUCUUGUAAUAAUAUUUCUAACUUGCAAACAAAAUGACUUGGUCAGUAAUUCCGCUUGUUUGUUUAUGCCUUAACGACCGCUGUUUAAUGCCUUUUCAAACACAUCAAAUAAGUUUACGAUUUGUGUUUUUGUUUCGCAAUUGGUUAAACAGCACCACCACACCAUUCGCAAUCUUAAUGUAUAUAAUUUCAUGUUUUUUUUUAAGUUAUCAUUCUUGUUAUUUUAUAAAACCCUCUCCGUAUUCUUUAAGAAAUAUAAAAAUUGGAUAUUCUUACAUAAUUUAUGUAUGUAUAAAUGAAUAGAAAAUUAAAGAAAAGAAAAAAAAAAACAACAUAAAUAAAAAGGCUCACUUUAAAAGUUAAUACGAUAGAUCACAGAUGUCAAACACGAUUGUCAAUAAAAAUGAAAAUAUAAUUGUUAUAAUUUAUUAUAUAAACAAAGAAAAAAAAAAACAAACAAAUAAUUAAAUAAAUGCUUUGCUAUAAUAAUUAUUAGGUAAACAAAAAACUGUUAUAUUAAAUAUGUAGUUUAGAUGCUAAACAAAACCCAAGAUAAAAUUGAAAGAUACCCUAUUAGUGCUAAAGCAAAAAUGGAAGGAAUAAUAAAUAAACAAAAAUACAAAAACAAAAAAUAAAAACAAGAAAAAUGAGAAUACAUUUAUUUUUUCAUAAAUCAUCCGUUUGCGAGGAGUUGUUAAAUGUCCAAAUCAGGCUAGAGUGAUAUUUGUUUGGAGAAAAUCAAAUCGCAUUUUUUUGUUAAAAUUUUUAAAUCGUUCAUACACCAUAACCAAAACAAUGAAACGUUAUAUUAUAAAUAAUCCUUGAAGUCAUCCCAUAUUCUCCUAUACAAACUACACUUAUUAUAAAUUAUUAUUAUUAACUUAAGCAUUUGUUUCAUCUACUAUAUAAAAAUAAGACCUUCAUAUUUCAAAAGAAAAAAAGAAAAACUAGAAGAUGAACAAUUAUUAUUAUAUGUACUGUACUUUUGGCUUGAUUUCUGCAUUUUGGCCUUGUUUUGGUUACUUUUAUCAAUCCUCUCAUUUCGGUUAGAUAAAACAUAUUGAUUAGUUUUUAGAAAAUAAAAAAAUAAAACGUUGAUAAAUCACUGAUUAAAAAAAAAAAUAAAAAAAGUAAUGAUUUGUAUAAAAUACAGUUCUAAGUUCAUUUAUGUUAUUGAAUAUGCAUGUAAAUAAUCCGAGAAGAAUUGAUUGUAUGCAAUAAAAACAACAAAAUAUUGAAGUUCUUGAAAUUAAAAACAAAAAAAAACUUA